AUGGUCUACACACUCGUCGUCCAUCUCUACGCAAAAGAGGACCAAGAGUCCAUCAACAAAUUGAUCGCAAAGCUUCAAGAAGCUUCCCAAGUCUACACUAAUGACAAGGAGUGUUUGGGUUGGUAUGUUACCCUUCCUCUACGUNUCGUCAUGCAAGACACCAAGGACCCCCGCGCCUUUACCAUCGUCGAGCGCUAUGCUCAUGAAAGCUCCCAAAAAUACCACCUUGAGAACCCUUACUGGCAGACUUUUGACAAGUAUGUCAUUCCUUUGCUCGCCAAGGACAUGGAUCUCCGCAGACUCAACGAGCUGGUCGACGACAAGUCAGAGCAGGUUCGUGUGGAGCAAGACCCUAAGCUGUGGGAGGAGGUCAAGAAGCAUCAGACCUACUAG